AAACCUUGUUCUCAAAACCCUAGUCGUCUCGCCCUCUCCCAAGAAAGAUCGCGCUCCAAAUCGACUCAUCGAAUCCUGAUGGCUUCCAACCCCAGCAACGACGCCGCCGCCUCAGCCUCCGCAGUCGCCGGUUGCUCCUCCACCGACCAGCUUCUCCUCCAAACCCUCAUGUCCCGCCUCCAUCUUCGUCCGCCGUACCUCGACACCAACUCCUUCCUCUCCCACAGCCUCGACGAUUUCCUCCUCCGCGAUCGAUGCUCCGACGCGGAAGGUUCCGAUGGCGACGAGGAGGAUGACGACGAGGACGGCGGCGACGGGCAGCACGGCGCCUUCUUCGGCGAUGGAUCGAGGAACCGCCGGCUGCUCGCCAAGGAGGAGGCCAAAUUGGAGAAGGAGAUCGUUCGGAUCGUCCACUCCGGUGAUGCCGUCGAGGCCCUCAAGGCCAAUUCCGGCCAGUCCGUGGCUAUCGGGGACCACAACAUCUGCGUCGCCGUCCACGAGGAGGUCGGGUCCGAGUACCGGGUGUGGGAGUGGCAUGGCCACAUCAUGCUCUUCGAUGAGGAGAAUGGGUACUCGGCCGAGUAUAUUUAUGGGAAUUACUUCCAGAAGCUGCCAGAGAAGAAGAAGAAAAAGGGCAGAAAACAGGAUGAUGAUGAUGCGGACGAGGAUGGUGAGGACAUUGCCAGGAUUAAGGUAGGUGGGAACUCGGGGCUAAGAGAUUUGAUCCAGGACUCAAAAGACUCGAUCGGAAAUGGGGCAGGAAGGGUUCUUCACAGGAACUCCCUGAAAGAUGGAUCAGCGACAAGGUAAUUGUUUGUAGAUGGGCUUGAAGAUCUAUCUGACCGACCACAGUUCAUUAAAAUGAAAUAUAUUUGUGUGGCUGUGAUGGCAAUCCGACAAACUGAUUCUAUUUCUGGAUUGCCUCUGGUCUUCAAUAAAAUGAUCUGGAGUAGAAAAUGUAUAGUCACGAUGCAAAAUAUUCUCCGAGGCAUGAAUUUUACAUUCUAGGUUUUAAAUUUUCAUAUGCUUGGUUUGUUAUCAGACAUAUUUUACAAAAUUGUGCUUAACUGAUAAAUUUAAAGUGGAUAUUCGUUUUAAUUUUCUCAA